AUGAAUCAGAACAAGUUGAUUUAUAUUGGUACAGGUGUUGCUAUUGCAAUUGUUCUAUUUGUUGCUGGAAUUCUCAUUGGUCGGUUUGCUAUUCCAAGGCCGGUACAUAAUCUUCAUGCAGAUGGUAUAACAACUAGUAACAUAUAUUCGAAAGACGAGCAGCUGGCGAUACGGAAUCAAUUUUUAAAAUAUGUUAGCGCAGAAGAAAUAGAAGCUACUCUUCGAAAUUCUACUAGACAAACUCAUUUAGCUGGAACAGAUGAUGAUCGAAACGAAGCAGAAUCUAUAGCAGAUAGAUGGCGAAGACAUGGCUUAGACGUUACUAUUUAUCCGUACGACGUUCUACUUUCAUAUCCAGAUUCUGCUCAACCGAAUCUUGUAUCAGUUUUUGAUUCAGAUAACAAUCUACUGACUCAAUCUACUGGGAGUGAGCUUGUGUAUGAUGAAGAUGAUAGAUCGCUGCCAUUUCAUAAUAUUGUUCGACCAUUUCUUGCAUAUACACCAAAUGGAACCAUGCAAAGCUCCCGAUUAUACUACAUAAACUACUGUACAUCGGAGGAUUUUCAAUUCAUAGAGACGCAAAUAGAUAAAAAUGAGUUGCAAGGAAGCAUUGUGAUUUGUCGAUACGGCAAGAUUUUUCGUGGAAACAAAAUUAGUAUUGCGGAAAAAUAUGGCGCCAUUGGUGUAAUCUUGUAUGGUGAUCCAAGUGAUGCUGCUGCAGUGCAUUCAUCUUAUCCGUAUUCCAUAGAUCUGCCUGAAAUGGGUCAACAACGUGGUUCAGUGUUACUUUUAUCUGGAGAUCCAUUAACAAUGCAUUACCCUGCCAAAGGUACUACACAUAUCGAACAUCGACAAACAAUAAUCGAUGGUUACCAAAGAUCUCAUAUGACGGGUAAAAGUGUUAUUUCCAAUUGGACCGGUCGUCUUGACCAAGUCAAUUAUGUUUAUGGAGGCUUAUUAUUAAAUGAUCGGCAAGUGAAUUCGAGAAUUUCUUGCUUACAAAUUCGACGAAUACAUAAUGUUAUAGGAAUCAUACCCGGGCAUAUUGAACCAGACCGUUACGUACUUGUUGGAGGUCAUUUUGAUGCUUGGAAUUUUGGUGCUCUCGACGAUGGAUCAGGUAUUGCAAUCAAUCAUGAAUUAGUACGUGUCUUUGGAUCUUUGAUGAGACCAAAUUGGAAACCGAGACGAAGUUUAAUGUUUUGUGCAUGGGCAGCUGAAGAGUAUGGGAUUAUUGGCUCAAUUGAGUUUAUUGAAGAAUUUGCAAAAAUAUUAGGUGCGAGAGUUGUUUCAUAUCUUAAUAUGGAUGUUGCUGUUACUGGUCGUGAAGUAAUGUUACUGGACAUGUCUCCAUUACUUUAUGAUUUUGUAAUUGAUAUAUCUCGACAAGUCAAAGCCCCGUAUAUGAAUGAAACCAUCUAUGAACAAUGGAUACGUAUAAAUGAUGGUGAUAAAGACGUCGGAAAACGAUUUUUUACAAUGGGAAUUAACGCAGGUUCGGAUUAUACUGGUUUCAGUCAAAUUGCCGGUAGUUCAAAUCUUGGUAUGACCUACGUGAAUGUGUCAGGUAUACAGAGCGGCGGUGCUUAUCCAUUAUAUCAUACCCAAUAUGAAACAUUUCGCCUAGUGAAAAAUUUUGUUGAUCCUGAAUUUCAAGCUCAUCAAGCUGUUGCACGAGUAGUUGGCUUAGCGGCGUUAACUCUCACUGAUGUCGAUUUACUUCCAUUCAAUCCUAUACGGUACUAUGAAGCAUUACUUACUUUGCUAGAAUUCACAAAAUCAUCUGCACCGGAAUCAACCAAUUUCACAUCAUUGGAAUAUGCAAUCGAUCAGUUUAAAAUUGUUUCUAAUCAAUUCAGUCAUCGAGUACAAACAACAUUAGAUAAAUCAGACCCACUGCAACUUCGAAUAGUCAAUGAUCAAUUGAUGCAACUGGAACGAGCAUUUCAGAAUCCAUUAGGCAAUAGCCUUGAACAAUCUGACCUUAAACAUAUCGUUUAUGCACCAAGUCGAACAAAUCGAUACAAUGCUCGUGGCUUUCCAACUAUAACUGAUGCUAUCGAAGAUCGUAAUGUCACACUGAUCCAGCAACAAAUCUCCAUCGUUACGUAUUUUGUUCAGUCCGCAGUUAGUGUACUUCGACCACCUCAGAUCAUUCAAACAAUAUGA